AAUUUUCUUUUCGACCAAAGUCAAACAUGAGUAGUGAUCAUCCUCAUCGUAAGCUCCAUGUUAUGUUUUUCCCUUUCAUGGCUUAUGGCCACCUGAUACCAACUUUAGACAUGGCUAAGCUUUUCUCUAGCAGAGGAGCCAAAUCUACAAUCCUCACCACACCUCUCAACUCUAAGAUCCUCCAAAAACCAAUCGACACAUUCAAGAACCUGAAUCCGAGUCUUGAAAUCGACAUCCAGAUCUUCGAUUUCCCUUGCGUGGAGCUAGGGUUACCAGAAGGAUGCGAAAACGUCGAUUUCUUCACCUCAAACAACAAUGAUGAUAGACACUAUAUCACCUUGAAAUUCUUUCUGUCGACAAGGUUUUUCAAAGACCAGCUUGAGAAGCUCCUUGAGACAACGAGACCAGACUGUCUUAUCGCCGACAUGUUCUUCCCCUGGGCUACUGAAGCUGCUGAAAAGUUCCAUGUGCCAAGAUUUGUGUUCCACGGCACUGGCUACUUCUCUUUAUGCUCUGAAUAUUGCAUCAGAGUGCAUAACCCACAAAACACAGUAGCUUCGAGUUGUGAGCCAUUUGUGAUCCCUGAUCUCCCUGGGAACAUAGUGAUAACAAAAGAACAGAUCGCAGACCGUGACGAAGAAAGCGAGAUGGGGAAGUUUAUGAUUGAGGUCAAAGAAUCUGAUGUGAAGAGUUCUGGUGUUAUUGUCAACAGCUUUUACGAGCUUGAACCUGAUUACGCCAAUUUUUACAAGAGUGUUGUAGUGAAGAGAGCAUGGCAUAUCGGUCCGCUCUCGGUUUACAACAGAGGGUUUGAGGAGAAGGCUGAGAGAGGAAAGAAAGCAAGCAUUGAUGAAGUUGAAUGCCUCAAAUGGCUUGACUCCAAGAAACCAGAUUCAGUCAUUUACAUUUCCUUUGGGAGCGUGGCUUGCUUCAAGAACGAGCAACUAUUCGAGAUCGCUGCAGGAUUAGAAACUUCUGGAGCAAAUUUCAUUUGGGUUGUUAGGAAAAACACAGAUGACAAAGAAGAAUGGUUACCAGAAGGGUUUGAAGAGAGGGUGAAAGGGAAAGGGAUGAUAAUAAGAGGAUGGGCUCCACAGGUGCUGAUACUUGACCAUCAAGCAACCGGUGGGUUCGUGACCCAUUGCGGCUGGAACUCGCUUCUUGAAGGAGUGGUUGCAGGGCUACCGAUGGUGACAUGGCCGGUUGGAGCGGAGCAAUUCUACAACGAGAAAUUGGUUACGCAAGUGCUCAGAACAGGAGUGAGCGUGGGAGCGAAAAAGCAUGUAAGGACUACGGGAGAUUUCAUUAGCAGAGAGAAAGUGGAUAAAGCCGUGAGGGAGGUGUUGGUUGGGGAAGAGGCGGAUGAGAGGCGGGAGCGGGCAAAGAAGCUGGCAGAGAUGGCUAAAGCCGCCGUGGAAGAAGGAGGGUCUUCUUUCAACGAUAUAAACAGCUUCAUAGAAGAGUUUAGUUCAUAAUUAGCAGAGACGAGGGCAGAGAAGAGGUUGUGAUGGCCACAGCCGCGGUGGAGAAAACAGGGUCUUCGUUUGUUGUUUUGAAUAGCUUCAUUAAGAGCUCAGUGAGAGAAUGAAGAGUAGUUCGAUUC